AUGGUCUUUGCGAACCUUGGGUCGCACGAGAAGGAGGCGUUCUUCUCGCUGCUGGACGAAUACUUCUCGUCCCGUCCUGACAUCUUUGCGAGUCCCGAUGCGACUACUGGUCCCCAGAGCGGCACAGCUGCUGUCUCUGCCGUACAGCGUGCCAUGGCAGCCAACCCCGAGGCAACCGCCAAGGUCAUGUCGGCGGGACUGAGGCACGUAGCUGCCAACUCGCGCACCGUCAGUGGUGGUGGUCCAGGAGCAACUGGGGCAUCCGAUAACGAGGUCCCGAGCGUGGCUGGCCGCGUAGCAGCCUUCGCAGCCGCCAACAGAAGUAGCUUCGCCCCAGCUACCACCACUUCCUCCGCUACCGCCGACCGUCCCUCCUCCUCUACAGCCAGUCUGACCUCCAUCAAAAAAUUUGGCGACGUUGACACCUCCUCGACCAAGGCUUUCCUGGGGUCCUUGCGUAAUAGUAACAGCAACAAGGCGCCGCCCCAGCCCCCGGUCGUCCCAGCUGCGUUUGCUGCGCGGCAGAGCAACUUUGGGCCCCCACCUGUGCGGCGCGGAGGGUCGAGUCCGACGCCCGAGCCUGCAUCUGCGCCUGCACCUCCUCCCGUGGCCCCACGCUACCAGCCGCCGCCAAAACAAGAAGAGUCCGAGGGCGAGUGGGCGGAGGCGAUCUACGACUACGACUCGGGGGAACCAGGCGAUCUCAAAAUCACCGAGGGCGAGCGCAUCCUCCUGACGGAGAGGACAUCAGACGACUGGUGGGUGGCCUUCCCAAGUUUCCAACCUCACCUCAUUUCGCCCGGUGCCCUUUUUAUAACCCCACCCCCCUUCCUGCUCAUCAAUCGCCUGUUGGUGGUGGUGUGGCCACGUUUUCGUGUCCUGACUCCUCUCCUCUCAUUUCCAUUCUAUCCCAUCCCCAUUCCGAAUUCCGGCCUCUAUCUGGAUUCUGCCAGCCCCUUCCAAGUUCCCCACUAA